GAGACUCCUUACAUGAUGUAUAAUAAUGACACUCACACGUGGGAGGGAUUCUGCUACGACAUGCUGAACCACAUAGCCAUGGAGCUAGGCUUCAACUACAAGGUGAACAAGGUUAAGGAUGGCAUGUACGGAGCUCCUAAGAAGGAGGAUCCGCAAGACUGGACCGGCAUGGUCGGAGAACUUAUCCGCGGGGAGGCGGACCUGGCGGUGUCGCCGCUGACGAUCAACUACAAGCGGGAGGAGGUGAUCGAUUUCACGAAGCCCUACAUGACGCUCGGUAUCAGCAUCUUGUUCCGCGUGCCGAAGGGAGAGCAGCCGGGAUUGUUCUCCUUCAUGAACCCUCUAUCCGUCGACAUCUGGCUGUACGUGCUGACGGCCUACGUAGUUGUCAGCUUCUCUCUCUUCAUCCUAGCCAGGUUUUCUCCCUAUGAGUGGUACAACAGCCAUCCGUGUGACGUAGACUCUGACGUAGUUGAGAAUCAGUUUACCCUCUCCAACAGCUUCUGGUUCACAAUAGGAACCCUGAUGCAACAAGGCUCAGACAUCAACCCGCGUGCAGUAUCCACUCGCAUCGUUGGAGGCGUCUGGUGGUUCUUUACCCUCAUCAUCAUCUCCAGCUACACGGCUAACCUCGCGGCGUUCCUGACGGUGGAGCGGAUGGUUUCACCGAUAGAGGGCGCUGAGGACCUGGCGGAGCAGACGGAGAUAUCGUACGGCACGCUGAGCGGUGGAUCCACCAUGCUGUUCUUCAGGGAUAGCAAGAUAGACACGUAUAAGCAGAUGUGGAACUACAUGAUAAACAAGAAACCCAGCGUGUUUGUUAACGACGCUGACGUAAGUGUGACGUGUAGACGUCAUGUGCCAGACAUAG